GGCAAGCGAUCUUUCGAUUACAGGGGUAAUAACGGGGAAGACGGAGAGCGAAUCGGGGAGCUGCUAAAGGAGUUUAUGCUUUUAUGCGGCGAGUUCGUGCCAUCUGAUAUGCUGCCGUUUAUGCGAUGGACGAAUUGGCUUCCGGGUCCUGUCAAAUCCAUGAAACGCAACGCGCGAGAAUUGGACGCGGUGAUGCAGAGCUGGGUUGAGGAACACAAGCUGAAGAAGAUCAGGCCCGCAAACAAUCCGGAAGGAAGUAUCAGCAACGAACAUCACGAUUUCACAGACGUGAUGCUGUCGCAGAUUGACGAGGAUUUCUGCCACGAGCAUUCCCCUGAAACAGUUAUCAAGGCAACCGCAAUGACUCUAAUUCUAGGCAGUGCCGAGACCACCUCCGUCACCAUGACAUGGAUCCUGUCCAACUUGCUGAACAACAGGCGCGCGAUGGAGAUCGCGCGACAAGAGCUGGACAGCAAGGUUGGCAGGGCUCGGCUAGUCGAGCCCUCGGACAUUGGCAAGCUCGUCUACGUUCAAGCCAUCGUCAAGGAAACGCUCCGGCUGUACCCUGCCGCGCCAGUUGGAGUCCCACACGAGGCGAUCAGGGACUGCAACGUUGGCGGCUACCACGUCCCCAAGGGCACCCAUGUGUUUACCAACCUGUGGAAAUUGCACAGGGACCCAAAUGUGUGGUCCGACCCAGAUGAGUUCAAGCCGGAGAGGUUUAUUGUUGCCGGCGGCGGCGACGGCGACGAGAGUUGUGUGGAUGUUAAUAAUUACCAAUUCAUGCCAUUUGGGGCGGGGAGAAGGUCGUGUCCGGGGAUGGGGUUGGCGCUUCAAGUUCUGAAUCUGACACUAGCGAGGUUGCUUCAGGGUUUUACCAUUACUACUCCAGCGGGCGAGGAGGCGGUGGACAUGGGAGAAGGAUUGGGGUUUACUUUACCUAAAGCCACUCCGCUCAAGGUUCGGAUUGUUCCUCGGCUCCUUCCCCAUCUUUAUGAAUCGUAA